AGAACUCAACUUCUGCCUUUCAUUCGGGGCUGGUUCAGCUGCAGUUCGUGUUGACUGUCCAGAGUCCAUGAACUAGCGAACCCGCUUUGGAGAGAGAGAUUUUCACCCUGCUUUCCUCAUCUUCUCUUUGAAGCUGAAAAGCCAUGGCCUACCACAGCUUCCUGCUUGAACCCAUCAGCUGCCACGCCUGGAAUAAGGACAGAACCCAGCUUGCCAUCUGCCCCAACAACCACGAGGUCCACAUCUACAAGAAAGCUGGGGAAAAGUGGAACAAGGUCCAUGAGCUGAAGGAGCACAACGGGCAGGUGACAGGCAUUGACUGGGCCCCCGAGAGCAACCGCAUUGUGACCUGCGGGACCGAUCGGAACGCCUACGUGUGGACCCUAAAGGGCAAUGUCUGGAAACCCACCCUGGUUAUCCUGAGGAUCAACCGCGCCGCCCGCUGUGUGAAGUGGUCUCCCAAGGAGAACAAGUUUGCUGUGGGCAGCGGCUCCAGGGUCAUCUCCAUCUGCUAUUUCGAGCAGGAGAACGACUGGUGGGUUUGCAAGCACAUCAAGAAGCCCAUUCGCUCGACCGUCCUCAGCCUGGACUGGCAUCCCAAUAAUGUCCUGCUGGCCGCUGGCGCCUGUGACUUCAAAUGCAGGAUUUUCUCAGCCUACAUUAAGGAAGUGGAGGAGAGGCCGUCCCCCACACCGUGGGGCUCCAAGAUGCCCUUUGGGGAGCUGAUGUUUGAGUCGAGCAGCAGCUGCGGCUGGGUCCACAGCAUCUGCUUCUCUGAAAGCGGCAACCGCGUGGCGUGGGUCGGCCACGACAGCACCGUCUGCCUCUGGGACGCCAACAAGAAAAUGGCUGUCGCCUCGUUGUCUGUGGAGACUCUGCCGCUCUUAGCUGUCACCUUCAUUACCGAGAACAGCCUGGUGGCAGCGGGCCACGACUGCUACCCGAUGCUCUUCACCUACGACGAGAGCCAGGGUUCGCUGACCUUUGGUGGGAAGCUGGACGUCCCCAAGCAGAGCUCCCAGCGUGGCCUGACCGCUCGCGAGCGCUUCCAGAACCUGGAUAAGAAAGCCAGCACCGAGACCAACAACGUCAUGCUGGAAACACUGCACAAGAACAGCAUCAGCCAGAUUUCUGUGAUUGCUGGUGGCAAAGCCAAGUGUACCCAGUUCUGCACCACAGGAAUGGACGGGGGGCUGAGCAUCUGGGAUAUCAAGAGCCUGGAAUCCGCACUGAAGGAUCUUAAGAUCAAGUGAUGGAGCCUGUGGGGAAAGGCCGUUUGCAGCACCACCAGCCUCACUCUCUUAUUCCAAUUCUGCUUGCUGCUUUUUCUAUAAGAUGUUGAGUUUAGAUCAAGACGACUGAUAUUUGUAGAUACACAUCUCCCCUGGCAGCGGUACAGCUGCCUGGGCUCAAAGGCACUUGGGAGACUUGUCAGCUGAAGUAAAUUAAGUACAAAGAAAUUAAGUAGUUUUUUUAAAAGACUUUUUAAAAUUUUUAAACAAUGCACCUAUGCUGGUCAUAAAUUGCUUGAAGAAAC